AUGGGGGAGCGCCAGAGGCGGAUCCGUUUGACAGCAAGGCCGGGAAUUAACCACCACCACCACCGGCUGAAGCUGAAGGAGACGCUCAGCCCCAUCCCCAUCCUGGGCUUCCAUGUGGAGACGGUGGCGCUCCGCCACGGGCCCUUCACCCUGUGGGACGUGGGGGGCCAGGACCGGAUCCGGGCCCUGUGGAGACAGGACGGGCUGGUGGUGGUGGUGGACGGGGCCCAGAUCGGGGCUGGGGGCCUGCUGGAGGCUGAGGACUUGCAGGGGGCACUGCGGGUGCUGCUGCCCGGUGCCCGGUCCUGCGUGGAGCUGGCGGAGGAGCUGGGCUUGAGGCAGCAGCGUGGGCGCGAGUGGCAUGCACAGGGCUGCCGUGCUGUGAGCGGGCAGGGGCUGCCCGAGGCGCUGGAGAAGCUGGCUGGGCUGGUGAAGCGCUACCGGAAGGCCAGGAGGCUUUGAGGGCACCGGGUGGAGACCAGGCCCCGAGGCCGGCCUGUGUCGCCCACUUGGCAGGUUUUCAAACAGGUGCCCUUGUGCUGGGUCCCUGCUGCCCCCACGCCUGAGAGAAGCUCCCUAUGAACAGCCGCCAGCCGCCUUCUCCCCCGUCAGAUCCCGCCUGGGCUGCGGCACCUGCAAACGCUGGAGCUGGGACCACUGGCCCUGACGCUGACCAGCGCUGUCUCCGGGAUCCCUUCUCCUGCCCGCCU